AUGUCGUACCCAUUUGCCCACGCGUCGUCGUUCGCUCAACACAUCAAUGACCAGGUUACUGUGAUUGGAAAAGUCACAGAAGUCAACGGAAACAUAGCAACCGUCGAUUCAAGCGGUACGGUCAACGUUCGGGUCAACGCCACCAUGGAUCCCGUCGAGUCGGGCUGCUACUACCGCUUUCUGGGCAAAGUGGUCGACGAUACCACCCUGAGCGCUCACGAUCAACAUAAAAUCACCAACGUUGGCGACUACGACGCAGACAUUGCUCGUCGUGUUAUUGACGCCCAAGCCGGCCAGUCGCCCUACUAUUAA